AGAACAUUUCCCGUGGAACCCUAGAAUCCCAAAAUUUGACAGACUCAAAAAUGGAGGACACGAAGCCACCAUUGGGAGGAAACAAUCCUCAGCAGCAGCAGCAGCAGCAGCAGCAGCAACAACAACAGCAACAACAACAACAACUCCUCUAUCAACACCAAUUACAACAACAGCAGCGACAGCAACAACAACAAAUGCUUCUAUUGCAGCAAUUGCAGAAACAGCAACAUCAACAGCAGCAACAAGCAGCAAUGUCUAGAUUCCCAUCUAACAUCGACGUUCAUCUCCGACCUCCAGGGUUAAUCCAGAACCGACCCAUUAAUCCGCCACAGCAGAACACUGCCCCUACCCCUAAUCCUAGCUCUAAUUUGGGACAGACAACACCGGGUUUUCAACAGCAGCAGCAGGUUGUAUCGAGUCAACAGAUGCUGCAGCAGCAACAACAGCAACAGCAGCAGCAGCAGCAGAAACUUAUGCGGCCAUUGAAUCACCUUGAGCUUCAAUGCGCUUAUCAGGACGCUUGGCGUGUUUGUCACCCAGAUUUCAAACAACCUUUCUCUUCUCUCGAAGAUGCUUGCGAGAGAUUAUUACCUUAUCAUGUCGUAGCAGAUUACGAAGCAGAAGAGGAUGAUAGAAUCCUUGAUUCAGACCCAACAGGCCAGGCCUUAUCCCGCUCUCAACAAUGGGAUAACAACAUUGCUGCUAAAGUGGCUGAAUUUACUGCAACGUUUGAGAAACAAGCCCUAGCUUUUAACAUAAUAACUCGAAAGCGAGCAAUGGGAGAAUUCAGAUCCGAGGAAAGGUUGAUGGUAGAACAAGCUUUGCUACAAGAAGAAAGGAAAGCACUGUUUGACCUGAAAGCAGAAAUGGAUAGGGAGAAGGCUGGCAGGGAAGCGCAGGAGGCUAAGUUGCGAAUGGCGGCUUUAGCUCAAGCUGGACAGUCACAAUCUCAUGCCGAAAUAAUGGCUCGUAACCCAUUGAGAGCUAAUGCGGUUGGGAAUCAGGGCAGCAGUAUUCCGCUAAGCCACGAGAUGGGAGAACAGGGACGUAACAUGAACCCUGAUGAGAUGAUGAAUGGAUGGGGAAACAACAGCCAGAAAGAGGAGAAGGAACCUUCUGAAGAUUUCCUGAAUGAUGAGGAGAAUGAGAAUGGGGAGACGGGUGAACAGGAAAACUGGCGUGAAGCAGGAGAAUUCGAUUUGAAUAGCCGGUAGAUGACCAAGGUGGAGACCAUUUGCAGUCUCAUGUAUUUGAAGCUGGAAAGGAAGUUCUAGUUUCUCUUGAUAAUGCUCAUAACUAUAUUCAAGCUGAUAUAUAUAUAUAUAUACAUGCCAAGUACUGGGUUCAGGUCAAGUAUUAUAUGUGUAUGUAUUAUAUGUGUAUGGAUUUGAUAGUGAUUGUUGUAUUUGUAAUAUUGUAAUAUUGUACUUGUGAUUGAGGAAUCGUUGCAGAAGAUUUUUGGUUUGCCUAAUUUAACUCUACAUUUGUUG